GGAAUAACAAAAUAAAAUGAGUGGAAAAGUGUUGUUUGCUUGUUCGAAAUGCUUCUCUAGACACCCUUUCGAAGAAUUGUCAGCAGGAACCCAGCUUUGCAAGACAUGUCGAGGAAGUUCUUCAUCCAGUUCGUCCACAACUCAAGUGGUUAAAUGUACUUAUUGUCGUUCGGAAUUCCAGCCAAGCUCAAAGGCUCAAAAUAUUUGUAAAAAAUGCGAGCACAACCUAAAUAAAUAUGGUAAGCCGAGUGCCUGUGAAUGUUGUAAAAUUGUCGCGGCUUUCGGAGGUUCUAAAUGCAUGAGGUGUGCAAGUUAUGAAGCGAGAUAUGGACCCCCCGUACAAUGCGAUGAAUGUAAGCUGAGAUCAGCUUUCGAUAGGAGAGACGAAAAUAAAAAGAUCAAUGGAAAACUGUUAUGUUGGUUAUGCACCUGUGCCUAUAAAAGGGCGUGGUUAAAAGCUCAGCAAGAAGGACGUAUCUCAUCAAAGAAACGUCCUCAUGAAAAAUCGCAUCGCGACAGCUCAUCGGCUUCAGCCAAAAAGCCGGCCCGCAGUGGCAGUGAAGUUGCUAAAAGCAAUAGCGGAACAGGUUCGGCAACCGUUUCUGCGGCCAGUGCAGCAGGCCUUGAUUUGCCCGAGAAAAUUUCCCGUAACGUAUCCUCUAGCAGUGGAAAUGGUUUGGGUUCAAUCGCAGCCCCAGCUGCUGUAAUCACAAUUGAUCCUAACUCUGCUGAUCACGUUGUGGCAUUAACUACAUUAAAAGAACGUAUAGCCAGUUUAGAGAGGCGUCUGAAUCAAAAGGACAAGGAACUGCUGGAAAAGGACAAAUUGUUGACAGAGUUGAAGGGCAAAAACUUUGAAAAAGAAAUCGAAAUGCGCAACAAACUGAAAGACAUUGAGCGUUUAAAUGAAAUGAAAGUGGAGAAUUUAAACCGUAAAAUUGCAAAUCUUCUGAAGGAAGUUGCGGGUCUCAAAAAGGCCAACAAAAAGAACAAUGGCACGGGAGCACCUCGUGAAAAGGAGAGAGGAGAAAAACGUGAACGUGAAAAUCAAUCACCUAAAGAGGAAAUUACUGCAGCUGCUACGGCAACAGAAUCAUCGGACAAAGAUUACGAAAAAGAAGAACGCAAAAAUGAAGAGGACCGCAAGAGCGAAGAAGAUUCCCGUGACUCUGAAAUGUCAAAUAAAGAAGAUAUCAAGAAAUCGCCCAAGCAGGAACAGGAUUUGGAGCCCAAAGAAAAGAGUCAAGAACCUGAAAAGGAAGACAAUCAAGUGGAAGACACUCAAGCGAAAACAGAAGAGACUAAAGUAUCUCGAUCGCGAUCUCGUUCUGGAUCGCGUUCGCAGUCUCGUUCUCGCUCAAGAUCUCGUUCGCGCUCGCGUUCCAAAUCUCGAUCAAAGUCCCGUUCACGCUCCCGCUCAAGGUCACGAUCGCAAUCCGGAUCUCGUUCUGGUUCUCGAUCACGUUCAGCUUCUCGUUCUCCAUCACGCUCUCGUUCCAACUCACCAGAUUCAAAUUAAAU